CUGGUGGCGGUAAUGCGCAAAUACGUUGUGUCACCCGCUACAAAACAAGAAGAAGCAGAAGAAGAAAAUAGCGGAAGUAUACUAGGUUUAAACGUGUAAAUCUUCAAAUCAAAGAUGGAGGCCAACACGAGAUAAACCUCCAGAACAACGACGGUCUUCUGUUGUUUUUAUUUCUCCCUCGGCUCCAGACUAACACCCUGUUGUGAUGGCUUCAGAGGAUGAAGUCAGUCUGCUGGUCAUCGUCGUGGACGUGAAUCCGAUAUGGUGGGGCCAGCAAGCUCAACGAGAGCCGCAGUUCACCUUGUCCAAGUGUUUGGACGCAGUCAUGGUGAUGGGGAACUCACACAUGGCCAUGACCAGGACGAACAAGCUGGCUGUCAUCGCGAGCCACUGUCAAGACAGUCACUUCCUGUAUCCCAGUAAGCGCUGGAGAGGCGGAGACAGCUGUGGGGAAGAUGCACCCUCCAGCGGGGAUGGAAAAUAUGAACUGCUUUCAGUUGCCAACAACCUCAUUGCUGAAGAGAUCAGGAAUGUUAUGUCAAAAACUGAUGUGCGGGGGAAUUCAACAGACACUCUGUUGGCUGGAUCUCUUGCCAAAGCUCUCUGCUAUAUUCACAGGGUGUCCAAGGAGCUGGAAGUUGGGCAGGAUAUCAAAUCAAGAAUACUGGUGAUAAAAGCAGCUGAGGACUGUGCCCUCCAGUACAUGAACUUCAUGAAUGUGAUUUUUGCUGCACAAAAGCAGAACAUCUUGAUCGAUGCUUGUGUACUGGACUCAGACUCAGGUCUCCUUCAGCAGGCUUGUGAUAUAACAGGAGGAUUGUACCUCAGGAUACCACAGAAAGUUGCCAUGGCUCAGUAUCUUUUAUGGGUGUUCCUCCCUGACUCGGAGCAGCGUUCCCAGCUGGUCCUACCGCCACGUGCUCACGUGGACUACAGAGCUGCAUGUUUCUGUCAUCGAAAUCUCAUCGAAAUUGGUUAUGUGUGCUCAGUUUGUCUGUCAAUAUUCUGCAACUUCAGCCCCAUCUGUACAACCUGCGAGACUGCCUUUAAAAUUCAACUUCCACAGAUGAUCAAGCCCAAAAAGAAGAAACUCAAGCAGCUGUCAUGAUUUUUGGGAUUUCACUGAUUCACUGAUUUCUGUUUUGAUAUUCAAAUUGUUCUGUUUGGGAUAGAUUAGUUACAAGCUUCAAUGAGGCCCUAGAAAUAUCUUUGAGGCAGCACAGUCAUAUAGAACAUGUUAACUUGACCCCCAUUGACUGUUAGUACACAAACUUUGUUUACAUGUUACUCUCGACAUUAUGAAUAUUUAAGACAUACAACUUGCAAUCACAAAUAUGAGUCAAAAUCAUUUGUUCUGCUUUAUGUGAUUAUUUAUAAUGACAGCACUCAAAUGGCCAAACUGUUUACUGAGUUAAUGCUUUGGAAAAAAGUGACAUUGGGCAUUUUUGUGAUGUGAAUUAUUUUUAAAUAAAACAAUUGUAUUCUUA